GUUUCAAGCCGCACCGCGGACGCGCAAUCGGAGCUGCUGCCGCAUUUCUGCAGCUGUGGACGCAUUGACGUCAUACAGUGACCGGUUUGAAGCCGCUGCUGCUGCGCGAGCGCAAACGAAGCGCCAGAGCGCAAGUUAUCACACCUCCUGUGAUACACAGCCACCCAAAAGCCGCGCGCGAGGCACCGCAUCCGUGCCUACAGCUUGUAGUAAACUCACGGGCCGGCACUCGUUCGCGUCGCGCCACAAAAAAUCCGUGCAUACCGCCGUGCAGCAACCAUGCCCUCGAAAAAGAAGGGCCCCAGCGAACAAAAAUCCAAAAAAGCCAUCGCCGAGGCGAAGCGCAUCCGUGCCGCCGACCAGACCUUCGGCAUCAAAAAUAAAGGUAAAAGUGCGAAGGCGAAGCAAUAUGUGUCGAGGGUCGAGCACUCGCUGACGGGCAACGAAAAGAAAGCUCAACAGGAACGAAAGGAGAAAUUGAAGGCGAAGCGCGAACAACGGGAAGCCGAAGAAAGGGAAGAAAGGGCGUUAUUUUCGGAGACCACAGAUGUGAUGAAGGUCAAGAAGAAGGGCCAGUCUUCUAGUGUUCAGAAAGCGGACGAGGACUUGUCGGAGGAGAUGGAGAAGGCUCUGCUCCGGGCGAAGGAGCUGUUUGAUGCCGGCGCGAUGAGCAUGCAGGACUACCAGAACUACCGGGAACAGAUCCUUGCGCCCGACUCCGAUGAGGAGGACGAGGACGGUGGUGACGAGGCGACGGCGUCGGAGGCGGAGUCGGAGCCGGACCCGCGGCUGGAGUUGAAAAGGGAGGACCUGUACCUCGAGGGCGCGGACGACGAUAUUGAUAUUGACGCGCUGCCGGACGAUGAUGGGGAUGCGGAGUAACUUAUAUUGUAGUUGGUU